UGGGGACUGUUUGUUGUAUGCUACAGUAUUGAGUGGCUGGUUUUCUCUUCAUACCCAGAUUCUUUCUUCUUUGAGUUCUUAUCAAAAGAAAAAUGUUGAUGCGAGGAGAUUUUGAUCUGAACUCGAUACAAGCUUAUUCGGGUUCUCUGAACGAUGUCUUGAGGAACACUAUGCUGAACCAGGAGCUGGUAUUUAAAGACCAGGUUCAUGAACUCCACCAUUUAUAUAGGACACAGAGAACACUGAUGCAGAAUCUCGACCAGAAAGAGCAUCAUAGAUACAAUGUCAGCAACGCAAGUGCUCAGUCAAAUCUGUCACAUUGGACAAAUUCUACAAGAGAUGAACCAAGGGACUUGCUAGAAGGACACAAGAGUAUAUGUGAUAAUAGUCAGCUGAGGCCUCCUGGUCCUAGACAUCUCUUAGAUCCAUGCAACAAACAUAUUGAUCCAGCAGAGCUGAAGCUUUCUCUGAGAGCUCGAGAGGGCAGCAGAAGGGAGGGAAGCACUAAGAGAAAUUGGUUUGAUGCAGGAUCUCAUUCCUCCUCACCAAUUAUGAUUGAUUUAGAAGAAGAUGAAAGUGACUGGAAUCCUUUAGAUCAAGGAUUAAAUAGGUGUUUUGGUGGGAUCUCAAUUAACAAGUCAUCCACCAGCCAACAGUUCAGUUCUUGUGAAGCAAGGCUUCUCGACCUAAAUAAAACCCAGCCCGAUGAUUCUUCUUGUCUCUCAAGUGAUCCUACGGUAGUCCAUCCUUCAACAGCAAGCUCAUCGCAUGCUUUCCAUGGGGUAGCUGGCAAGAUAAAAGAAAGCACUGUCUGUUUCACUACUGUGAAAAAGGAUCAUGGUGGAAAUCUUUCUUCAUUUUCCACCAGGGAAAAUGAGAAAGCAGAAUAUUUGGGCAGGAAGUUGAAAGAUGAUGGAUUCAGAAUAAGUCAAAUGGACCCUGUAACUUUGGAGAGAGCCGUGUUUAGCUCCAAAUCAGAUCUUUGUGAAGCAGUUGGCUGCAACAGCACUGACCGUAAAAAUGGAACUGAUGGGUUCAUCAUGAAACUCCUGAACAGUCGAACCCAUUCAUGUGCAGCUUCUGAACAAGCAAAUUUGGUAAACACCAAAGUAGAAGACUCUGCAUUUCCAUAUUUUGGUUAUAAGAAAACAACAGAUCAAGAUGGACACGGCAAUAUAUCUUCUUCUGCAAGUAAGCCGUAUUGUAUCGGUGAUAACGAUUCCAGUAGUGUGAAGACCAUACUAUCUGACAUUGAGACCAGAAACUCAAACCCUUUUUCUUCCGAUCAGUUUUCAGCAACAUAUGUGGGGUCUCAAGUUUCUGAAACUUUUGUGGGUGAGCAGAACCAAAUAUCUACAGACAGCAGUGAAUCUAAACACAAAUGCAUCAACAGGGAAGAAGAAUCAGCUGAAGUGAAUGCUUUGACCAGAGAGGCAGCUGAAGCACUUCUCGGAAUGUCAUUGGACAGCUCCUUUUGUUAUAAAGAUUGUGCUGGUAACGUGGGAGAAUUAAACAAGUUCGAUAAGGAGAGUGAGAAACCACAGUAUACUUGUGAUUUUUUUGAGUUAAUGACACUAGCACUUACGGAGAGCAGUGUGGAUGACUAUUCUGUGUCUUCAAAUCCUUCUGAAUCGUGUUUCACAGAAAAUAAGGAUGUUGGUCUAAAGUUGAGAAGGGGAAGGAGAUUAAAAGAUUUUCAGAAGGACAUACUUCCUGGUUUGGCAUCUCUUUCCAGGCAUGAAAUUCGAGAAGAUAUAAACAUUAUGGAGGGAGUUCUAAGGUCAAGAGAGUACAAGAGAUUACAGGCCAAAAUCGCUGAUGGCCACGGCUGGUGUACUCCUGUCAGAAACAAACGUUCGCGACUGAACCGUGUCACGCAGAGCAAAAAAUUCUUAUGAGAAGAUUAAUGAAGACCGAGAAUUGAACAAGUAUCGUCUCUGUAAUCAUUUACUGCAUAUAACUUUUACCUAGUAUGAUUUAGUUAAUUCCAAAUACAUGUUCUGAUCUUAGUUUUUAGUACUUGUGACUGGAUAAAGAUUUAUCUCACGGGACAUGUAGUCCUUUGUGUCUUCAGUUCUCUCUCGCUCAAAAAACCAAUAAAAUCGAAAGAGAAGGUUAAUUAUCUUG